UGGAUCUUCUUCAUGGGGAUCUGGAUCAGCCGUUCGCAUCCACAAUGGCGCUUCGACGCCGCAAUCACUCUUUGCCUGAACAAAACCACUCUUUACUUCAUUAUUAAAAGCUGAGCAUAAUCUGUCGUCUUUGUCACCAUGAACUGGAAGCAAGCAGCGUCGAUCCUCUUUUCUCCUAUAUUUUUCUGCCAACCAAUCACAGUAUGGGCAGAGCUACAAUGUUCCGCACUCGACGGGGAUGGUGAUCCCACCCUGAAAGAAAUGACAUACGACAUUGGAUAUGGGGAGCAGACGUUCUUGGCGUAUGUGGAGCCCGAUGUCAAAACUUUUUACACUGGAGACCCUCCAGCUUCUACCAAGGUUAUCCCUAAAUUCGAUGGUUUGGCAACCAAGUUCAUCAACAUGAGCAACAAGCAAGUGCACUUGUAUUGGGAGCCCUAUGAAGGAGGCGAGCUUGCUGCCAUUGAGAUGUUGGAACCGUUUUCUGCCACCGGCACAGCAUCCCAUCCAGGGCACAUAUUUGUCUUUGCAGACGCCGAUAAGAAUAUCCUGGAGCGUGUUUAUAUCGAGGAACACCCAAACAACAAUUAUGCGUACGAUCCAUAUUUUGUAGAGGACGAUCCAGAAGCCACGGACGAUGUCUUGCAAAAGGAACUCAAUGAAGAAGAAUACGACAAAUACAUUCAAUGGUUGGAUACACUCAACUUUAGUGACCAGUACUUGGAGUUCACAGGAAGAGCCUAUAUUGCCAACUACCUUCGCAACCGGCCUCUGCAUCACAUCUGGAGGGCCGAUUACUUUGGCCAAGAACAUUGGGUAGAAACCAGAGAGACACAUUUUGAACAAGUUCCACCGCAAGAAGUGCUCACACGCAUCGAAGACGUGGGCUCGGAACGCAUUAUGGAAGAGUCGCAGCCUCGUCUUCUUUCGGAAUACCGAACACCUGGACAAACAAAAUUGAACAUGACACUCAAAGUGCUGUCUGUGGCACCUCGUGUGUUUGAAAUUUCUAACUUUCUCUCCCCGACAGAGGUAGACCACAUUCUACAAACUGCUGGUGCAAUUACAUUGGGACGAUCCAGCAUUGGUGACAUUGGAAAGGGUCAAGACAAGUCAAUUGAAGACAGCUCCAUAUCAGACACUCGGACAUCGCUGAAUUCGUGGAUUUCACGAGAGACGUCUCCAAUCUUUGAUGCAAUCUAUCGAAGGGCGGCGGACCUGAUGAGGAUUGACGAGGCUUUGCUUCGAGACCGAGGGCCAGAUGAGUAUUCAGACUGGCCGACUUCGGGAUCCCUGGCCGAGAGCUUGCAGCUCGUGCAUUACGAUCCAGGGCAGAAGUACACUGCACAUCAUGAUUUUGGAUUCUCAGACCUUGAUGACCCAAACAAGGACAAACGGUUCACGCAGGCUACCAGAUUUGCCACGCUGCUGCUUUACUUGAACAGUGAAGGAUUGGAAGGCGGAGAGACGACAUUCCCACGGUGGUCCAAUGCAGAGUCAUUUGACCAACUAAGGGUGAAUCCCCAGGAAGGGAAGGCUGUACUGUUCUACUCCCAGCUGCCGGAUGGGAAUCUUGAUGAUUUCAGCCAGCAUGCAGCACUCCCGCCAAGGGAGGGCGAGAAAUGGUUGAUGAAUCUUUGGGUAUGGGACCCAAAAUAUGCCGACUAGAUCUAGCUCAAAAUAUCGGCUCUACCGAGACGCAGGAGUCGAGUCCUUGAGACGUACCGGUAUGACAGCAGUAGCUGUAAAGAUAGGUUAAAGUAGAGUUACACCAUGAUAGCUUC